AUGCGGAGAGAUGAUGAUGCUGUGAGAAGAAAUAUCUGGUGUAUUUAUACUGAGACUAACUCGGAUGACGACGACUGUCCCGACGACAAGCCUGAAUGCCCUAAGCCCGACUGCGAAGGCAAUUACCUCGACCUUUGCACCAAGGAGCCCAUCAUCAACUGCCCUUGCGACGUGUGCCUCAAAGUCGAAGACGUCUUUUGCGAAGAUGAGGCUUGUAUGGGAGUGGGCGAGGAUAAAAAUCUCCAGGGAACGUGCCUCGUAGACAACAGUCUCGAAAACUGCCCAUGCACCUGGCCUCCCUGCCCAGUCUCAAAAGUGGACUUGAACGAUGGAAGCAAAGAAGAACGGCCGCACCCCUUGUUAUGCGAUACCUGCGACGGUUCCCUCGGUUUUCUCGAACCCGAGCCCAACAUUUCCAACACCACCGACAUAGAAGUUCAAGCCCCGGCAUUGGCCACGUCAGGCGAUCAUGACUUUUACUUCGAUCUCGACACAACUGCCCAGCUCGCCAACGCCUCCUGUCCUCUCAAGUCACCGGGCGCACGGAGGACUGGUCCAGACGCUCCGGGUGAUAACUACUACACUCCCGGUUCCGUGGAAUCAGCCAUUGAGUACUUUUGUAAUGAAUACGCAAACAAGGACGACAUAGUGCGCAUAUCCGAUCUCUUCUUAGUGGCCACCCCCCAGGACGACUAUCCAGAACACCGAGUCCCAACCUGGAUCAGCGCGCGGAACUGGACAGACCACCCAAAUAGGCAUGAGUGCGACAAGACAAGCCUGAUGGCCAACCACACUCUCCAAGCCAGCGAGUGUAAUCUGGCCUUGAAGCAGGCCAACUUUACGUGCUCUGGUGACAACGCGGACCUCACCCGUGGAGGAAGCCGGCCAGGGUACUGCCUUGCCUACGAGAUCGUCACUUCGGAGACUUAUAACCGGGACUACAGGCUGUUGGAGGCGGAGAAUACUGGUGGUUUCUUGGAGGCGUGGUCGGGCGGGAGCAACGCCAAGCGGAACGGAACUGCUCCUCGAGUCUUCAAAGGGAAACAGGACGUCGUCGUCGGCUGUGGGCAAGCAGAAGCCACAGGAGACAAAGGAGCCCAAGGGUGA